GACUGAUCUUUCUGCCAUCUGUGAACUAACAAGAAAAUUCUUUAUGUGAGUUGUACAGCACGACCUCGACUCCGGAUUUGUGUGUUCUAGAAGAAAUGGACGGUUGUAUCUAUAAUGUGCACUGUAAAAGGUAAAUGUAACAUUUCUUUGUUCAACGAAGCUUCCAAGAAUUCAUUAAAUAAUAGCUAACAAUAUUAGUUAUACCCAGUAAGAAAUAGUUGUGCAACAUGCCUUCCACUUGUGGUGAUACAAUUGAUAUGGCUGGGAUUUCACAAUCGGCAACUGUAGAAGGAAUUUCUAGCACAGAUAGUGUUGGUACUCAUAGCGACAUUUCUGGGCAUACUACAAUCUCAGGGAGACCUAGAAUGGAUGUAGCUUGUGUUCUAGAUCUACAGCAACCAGAACACUUGGUUCAGAGAAGAAGAGCCUUGGAGGAAGUUAGACAAGCAUGUAAUUUAGUCAAUGCUAAUAUGCAUCAUAUACAGUUUGAAAAACUGGAUUUUGGAGAAACAAAUGUACUUGAUACAUUUUACAAUGCGGAUGUAGCUGUUGUGGACUUAAGUAUUCAGCUACAACAGUCUGCUUUAUUUUAUCAUCUUGGUGUUAGAGAAAGUUUUGGUAUGAAAGAAAAUAUCCUGUUACAUAAUGAUGUAGAUACAGAAACAACUAUUAGGCUCAAGUUAUCAUGUGGAAGCUACACAUUUGUUUCAUACCGUGUAGUAGAAUGUGGUUCAUGUGUAGCUACAAAUCCAGCUACUACCAGAAUCACUGGUGAUGAAGUAGUAGAUCCAAAGCAACACCUCACAUUGAAGCUUAAGAAGCUGUUUCAAGAUGUUGAAGUACAAUCUAAAGCACAUAUGAAAGAAAAGUUCCUAGCGGAUUUACGUAAAGCACGUGAAACAUAUUCGGGUGAAGAACUUUCAAAGGCCUUGAACAACAUGCGCAAACGUUUAGAUGAUCCAAAUGUUUUAUCCGGGGAGGUUGUUCUGAAUGUUCUUAUAUCGUUCCGUGAAAUACAGGAUUACGACGCAAUGGUACAAUUAGUUGAUGAUCUGAGAACAAUUCCGACUCACAAAAAUUACAUAAACACCCCGGCUAUUCGGUAUCUAUACGCCUUUGCGUUAAAUCGAAGGAAUAAAGAGGGUGAUAGAGAAAGGGCAUUAAAAGUUAUAGAGAAAGCCUUAGAGAAGAAAGAAAAUCAUGUUCCUGAUAUGUUAUGUUUGUGUGGCAGAAUAUACAAAGAUAAAUUUGUAGAAAGUAGGCAUACUGAUUUAGAAAGUUUAAAGUGUGCUAUCCAUUGGUACAGAAAAGGUUUCGAGGUUCAACCAAAUGAGUAUGCAGGGAUAAAUCUCGCCACAUUGUUGGUUAUAGCAGGAAACGAAUUUUCAAAAAGUGAAGAAUUGCAACACAUUGGAAUGAUACUGAAUAAUCUUAUUGGGAAGAAGGGUAGUUUGUCAAGUUUGAAGGACUAUUGGGACGUGGCCACAUUUUUUGAGAUCAGUGUGUUAGCCGAGGAUUACUCUAAAGCUAUUCAAGCCGCAGAAUGUAUGUUCAAAUUGAAGCCGCCGAACUGGUACCUGAAAUCAACAAUAGGGAACAUAUCGCUGAUAGAUAGAUUUCGUAAAAAGAACGACGAAGCCGAGGUUUCACCAGAGGAGCAAAUAUUUAGUUUUUGGAUGGACUACUUUGUCGAAGCUACAAAAUCGGAAGUUGGAGAUAGUAUACGGUUUCCACUCUUAGUGCUGGAGCCGACGAAGAUCUUGAUGCCGAGCUACGUAAACGUUAAUUUGGGAGCUGAAGAGAAAUCGGUACAGAUUUGGAAUUUGUGCUUGGAUAAUAUGAAGAAUAACUGCAAGCAAGUUCACGAUUGGUUGUUCACCGCGAACAUGAUACGUAGUGUAAGCUUGUACAAGAGGGAUGAACGUUGUCUAUUUUUAUACGUUCAUCAAAACUCUGAUGAUUUCCAAAUGUAUUUUCCAUCUGUGCAAUGCAGACAAAGGUUCUAUGAUUUGAUUUUGGAAAUGACCAGAGACCAAGAGGGUAUGGUUACAGAUUUAGAUGCUUACAUGACUGAUGACAGAAUGAAGUUCGAGUAUGAACUGGAUGACCAAAAUAAACGAAUAAUGCUCGGUAAAGGCACCUAUGGAGUCGUUUACGCCGCUCGAGAUUUAAACACUCAAGUUAGAAUUGCAGUGAAAGAAAUUCGUGAACGAAAUCUAGGAGAUGUACAACCCCUACACGAGGAGAUUAAAUUACACAGUCAACUGAGACAUAGAAACAUCGUGCAAUAUCUUGGUUCUGUAAGCGAAGAUGGAUACUUCAAAAUAUUUAUGGAACAAGUUCCAGGAGGAAGUUUAUCAGCUUUACUUCGAUCAAAAUGGGGUCCUCUGAAAGAAAACGAAUCUACAAUCGCUUAUUAUACGAAACAGAUUUUAGAGGGUCUCAAGUAUCUCCAUGAUCAAAAGAUUGUUCAUCGAGAUAUCAAAGGCGAUAAUGUUCUAGUAAAUACGUAUAGUGGCGUAGUCAAGAUUUCAGACUUUGGCAUGUCAAAACGAUUAGCUGGUUUGUGUCCAAGUACAGAAACAUUUACUGGAACAUUGCAGUAUAUGGCCCCGGAAGUUAUCGACAAGGGACAACGUGGAUAUGGUGCUCCUGCGGAUAUUUGGUCUUUGGGUUGUACAAUAGUUGAGAUGGCAACUGGAAAGCCACCGUUUAUUGAGUUGGGUUCACCUCAAGCAGCGGUUUUUAAGGUUGGAUAUUACAAAAUACAUCCAGAAAUUCCAUCAGAACUAUCUGAAAGAGCGAAAAGUUUCAUAUUACGUUGUUUUGAGCCUAAUCCAGACAUAAGAGCAACCGCGGCUGAACUCUUAGAAGAUCCAUUUUUGAACGAGAAAAAGAAAACUAGUCGGUUAGUGGCACCACCUGAUUUUGGUAGAAGUAUUUCAGUACCUGCUGAUAGACUUGAACGUUCAGGAAAAUCUGAUAAAACAAACAAUAAUCAUGUCGUUUCCGCUUCUCCUAUUCAGACUUCACAGUCAGAUGAUAGUGUUACAUACAGUGGAGGACUGACAAAGUCAAGCCCACUUAGAGAGCGCAGUCCAGCACACCUUCUGUCUCCCAUCAGAAUGCCCACUGCGACCCUUUCUUUUAACAGUACGAUAGGAAAUACACCGUCCAUAGAGACAAGUGAAACUGAUAUAGGUGGAGCUUCAAUGACCAGGAGAAGUUCCUCGGGUGGUUUAUUAUCACCGGAAGUUGAAUUAGGAGGUCAACCAGGACCAAAAACCGGUGAAGAACAAGAAGGUUUCUACUUACUGAAGAAGGAUAGCCAAAGAAGAAUGACACUAACUAGAGUUCUUACUCAAGACGAGGCAAAGAUCUGUGAGGUUUGGAUGAGAGGUAUACAUCAAGCAGAGGGUCAAACUGUCCUUCAAAUGUCCCAUUUGGAAUUAUUAAUGCGGGCUCUAAGAGAUUAUAUCGCGGAACAACACCAUGAAGUAAUCGUUACAGCUAUAAGAACAUUGAAGGAAGAGCUAGACUUUGAUUCUACUGCUAUCAAUCAUCUUAAUUUAGCCAUUUACCUUUUCCAAACCGCGGUGAAUGAAGUUUUACGAAUGCACAGCAUAAAACCUCACUGGAUGUUCGCAUUGGACAACUUAGUUAGAAAUGCGGUUCAAGCAGCCAUCACUGUACUCUCUCCUGAACUUGGAGCUAAUUUACUUGGUCAAGAACGCGUGCAACCUGGUGGCCAAGGUCCUGAAGAAGGAUCUACAUCCGGUGUGUCGACAGUGAACUCAGUGAAAUCUCAAAAGACCGGUGAUUCUCUCGAUAAUAAAUAUUGGAAAGAAUACAGAGAUCAAAUGGGGGCCUUAAAAAUGGAAAACAUGAAAUUGCUUCAAGAAUUAAUUGAAAGCCAAAAAUCGUAUCAGACUUUGUUGCAACAAAUUCUUGACGAGCAAAGAGCUCAAGUUAAUACUUUGACACGACUUUGUGAAAAUAUUAAUCGAAAAACUUUGAGACAGGAAUCAGGUUAUAAUUCAUCGAUAUCUGGUAAUAUGGUACAACCGGCUGUAUCAUUGAUUGUAAGUGAUUCAAAUUCUAGUGCAGUACCAUGUACAGAUCAAGCUCUUGUUGAAUGGUUACAAAACCUUCAAAUAGACGAAGCUUCAAUCGAAAGAUUUAUGUAUGAGCAAUAUACAUUGAAGGAUGUCCUGGAACAUGUUUCUCGAGAUGAUAUUCGUAGGCUGAAUCUCAGAGGAGGAAUCGAAUUAAGGAUAUGGCAAGCUAUAAUGAACCAUCGACAAAAUAAUGAUUAAUAGCAACAGGAGGAGCGAUUGUUGAAUUGUAUAAAACAUUGAAAUUGAUUUUUAUGUUAACGGUUUACUUUAUGCAGGGUAAAAUAUUUGUUCAAAUGUGGCCGCUAUGGCAAACGAGAAAUGUUAUUAGAAAACUGAUAGCAGAAUAAAAUACCUGUAUUGUUAGAGCAUUGUUCGUAAAUUCAGACUACGCGGAUAGUUAUAAAUGCACAAUGAUAUUAUUAGUUUAUUUCGUAGUUCCUAAACAUAGAGAGUAUUUACAAGACACGUGUGUACAUAUAACAAGUUUUGCAUAUACUGGUUCAACAAGAUCUUGUUACAGUGGAAAUUUGAAAUUUCUGAGAAUGCAUUUAACGAUUAUGUCAAUACAGGAAUCAGUAUCGUUGCAUCCGCUAACUUACACGCACUGUAACUGAUUGUAUGCAAAAUUUGUAUUUUUAUUCAACAAUUUAUUAAUCUAGAAUAUUACUCUUGCCAAAUUUAAGCUCAAAAAUUCAGUAAUUUGGUCCAAUUUUCUUGUGAAUUUGUUCAAUAUUUUUUACUGCCAAAGCUAAAAUUGAUAUUACUGAAAAAAAAGAAAUAUGUGCACGUAGAAAGUUGCCUUGUAUUUUUGUGUUAUGAUUACAGUAAGUAAUCUUGAAACAAGCGAAUGUUCGUAGUGCCUUAUAAACCGGUGUAAUAGUACAACAGUAGAUACUUAUUAUGUGCAAACAGUAACAUUUCAUUGCUGUAUCUGUAUAUUUCUCAAGAAAAUAAUAUUUACAUAAGUGUCUUCCUAGUUGCACAUAAAAACUAUUUACUUGAAAGAGAAAUACCAUAAAGUGCUUGUUAUAGCUUAUAUGAAAAGUCUGCUAUUAACUGUGCGUCUAAAAUCUACCAGUUGUUUGUAGAUAUGAAUUUUUAUCUAAUAGAUUUUCUGCUUCUUAUACGAUAUUUUAGCGAACGAUAAGAAAUUCUUGCUUCCUUAAUAUGUAUAUUGUAUAGAAUAGUCGAAAAAUCACGUUUGCAGAUCAUCGAUUUCUUCCAUCGCAAUACUGCAAUAUAAUCACGCCAGACAAUUAAUAUAAGUGCCUAAUUUCAUCAGGGAUACAUCAAUUAUAUCGUAAUUAAAGAAUACAUAUACUUCUAUAAAAUGUUGAUUAAUUAAAUAGCAUCGUUAAGAAAACGAAUAUCCGCUGAAAUGUUCAAAUUGUCUCUUAUAAUUGUUAAGAUAUUUUCACAUUACCGUUUCAAUGUACUCGAUAAGAUUAAUUAUCUUGUUAGUAGGCUGAAAUUUAUAAUAAAGAUUCCAGUGAACAGAGUAGAACAAA